AUGACCGAAAUCACAGAUUCCAAGUUUCCAUCCAGUGCUAUCCUUGCUAAGCUGGGCGAGAACCUCAGUAAAGCCCCUGAAACUGACAGAAAAUCACAAAUCAAGAAGACAAAUGCUGUAUUCGAGCUUCAUCUGAAGAACAAAUCCGGUGAAUCUGCCUGGACUAUUGAUCUUAAGGAUAAAGGUGAGGUUUACAAAGGAAAAGCAAAAACGAAAGCCGACGCAAUACUCACUCUUGAUGAAGACGUUUUCAAGAACUUAGCAGGAGGUACAAUCAACGGUCAGAAGGCUUUCAUGACAGGUAAACUCAAAGUCAAAGGUAACAUGAUGUUAGCUACCAAACUCGAUGGCAUACUCAAGCAGAAUACUUCUAAGCUCUGAGCUCACCCUACGAGAGAUAUCCUUGACGAUUAUUACGAAAUAUAAUGUAUUGUUGUAUUUUAAGUGAAUUGACAUAAGCAACUUUUUGU